AUGGACUCUUCCUUUGACCUUCCGGACUCCACCGACUGGAUCCAAACGUCCUUACCUGCCUUUGAACCACUCGAAGCUGCGUUGCGCUGCGAAGUGUGCAAGGAGUUUUACAACAACCCGGUCAUCACGUCCUGCUACCACACAUUCUGUUCGAUAUGCAUACGAAGAUGCAUCACAGCAGAUGGAAAGUGUCCGAGCUGCAAGACGGGCUGCUCCAGCGACAAAUUGGCGCCGAAUAUUGCAGUCAGGGAAGUGGUGAUGCGGUUCCAAGAGGCGAGACCGAAAGCAUUGGAAUUGGCGCGCGCCGACAAAGAGGGCGAGGCUAAGGCGACUAGCAAAAAGAAGAGAAAGCUAGACGAUACAGACAUGGAAGAGGAUGAGAAUGUCAGGCACACGCGAUCGCGACAGACCCGAAGUAAAAGCCAGCGCAACGGAGGCAAUGCGGCAUCGCCUGUUGAGAUCGCUGAUAGCGAAGACGAUGGCGACGAGGAUUUUGUGCCCGAUGGCAUGGUCAAAUGUCCAGUUUGCAGCCGAGCGAUGAAGGAGGAGCUGGUCUACAACCAUCUGGACACUUGCACCGGCCCAGAUGCCUCGCAGGGGCGAAACACCAGGUCAAAAAAACCAGCAUUCCCGACUGUGUUGCAGACACGGAAAAUAGACCCUUCGCCUCCACCGAUACGAUUAUCACAACUUAAUUACGCUAUGAUGAAGGAGACUGCACUGCGGAAAAAGCUGCAAGAGAUAGGCAUCCCGAAUUGGGGUUCCAAGGAUCUAAUGAAGAGGCGGCAUAUAGAGUGGUUGAAUAUUUACAACUCGAAUUGCGAUUCAGAUGCGACUGUGAGAAAGACUCAUCGACAGCUACUGAAGGAGCUAGACGAAUGGGAACAAACCCAAGGGGGUAGGGCGAAUCACAAGGAGAGCAAAAUCAUGAAGAAGGACUUUGACGGUGAAGGCUAUGCAAAAUCGCACAAGACCGAAUUCGAAGACUUGAUUGCACGGGCACGGCAAAAACGUGCCACACCAAAAACAGACAGCGAAGAGCCAUCCGGACAGAACACGCCUUCAGAACACCAACUAUUGGAACCGCGAGACGAAAUCACAGUCGACGGUACCGAUUUCUCUGGAGAAUCCCUGUCGAAUCAUGUUCCGUCAGAUUUACAUCUACCAGUCCUCGGUACCCCCAACCCCCACGAGGACGAAUCAGCAACGGCCAGUAUCCAAAGAGAAGCCAACUUGGCCAACAACACCUCGACAAUAUCUACGCUCAAGCCCAAGAACUUGAAGGAAGGCAUACAGAAACCAUUGGCGAGUCCGAGUCGCAAAGUGCCCAUUUUUGCACUCCCUCAAGAGCCUGUCAUGGAUUUGGAAGGCGGUGCGACCGUGCAAUAG